CUCAGCUGGGCUCCGCCUUAGUAGGCCUCACUCCUUCCUUCCUUCCUUCCCUCCCUCUUGGCUGCGGCCUAGUCACCAAAAGAGGUGCAACGAGGGAAGGAAGGAGGCAGGGAUGCUGGGGGCUGCGCGGCGGCAUGUGGUCUGCGCCUUGUCCGGCGGGGUGGACAGCGCGGUGGCGGCCCUCCUGCUCCGGCGGAGAGGAUAUGAAGUGACAGGAGUUUUUAUGAAGAACUGGGACAUGGUGGAUGAAAAAGACGUUUGCUCUGCUGACAAAGACUGUGAAGAUGCUUACAGGGUUUGCCAGACACUUGGCAUUCCAUUUCAUCAGGUUUCCUAUAUAAAAGAGUAUUGGAAUGAUGUGUUUAGCUACCUCUUAAAUGAAUAUGAAUUAGGGAGGACUCCAAAUCCUGAUAUUUUAUGCAACAAGUACAUCAAAUUCAAUUAUUUCUUACAUUAUGCUGUGGAUAAACUUGGAGCAGAUGCAAUGGCGACUGGUCAUUAUGCCAGGACUUCCCUGGAUGAUAAUGAAGUAUUUCAGCAAAAAUACAUUCAAAGACCACAAGGACUCUUCAGAAAUAGAUUUGAAAAAAGAAAUACUGUAAAGCUUCUUCAGGCAGCUGAUCACAAUAAGGACCAGACUUUCUUUCUCAGCCAGAUUUCACAGGAAGCCUUGAGGAGAACAAUUUUUCCUCUAGGAGAUCUAACAAAAGACUUUGUAAAGAAGAUUGCUGCGGAGCAUCACCUCCACCAUGUACUUCAGAGGAAAGAGAGCAUGGGAAUCUGUUUCAUCGGUGAAAGGAAUUUUGAAAAGUUCAUUCUUGAGUAUUUAGAGCCACGUCCAGGCAACUUUGUUUCCAUUGAAGACAAUACAAUCAUUGGAACACACAAAGGUUGGUUCUUGUAUACAUUUGGACAGAGAGCCAGGAUAGGAGGCCUCAAAGAAGCUUGGUUUGUUGUAGAUAAAAAUGUAGCCUCUGGGGAUGUCUUUGUGGCACCUUCUAGAGAGCACCCUGCACUUUACAGAGAUCUCUUGCGGACUAACCGAGUGCACUGGAUUGCAGAAGAACCACCAGCAGAGCUGAUUCGGGACAAAAUGAUGGAAUGUAAUUUCCGCUUCCAACACCAGAUGGCACUAGUGCCAUGCACAUUAACUCUGAAUCAGGAUGGGACAGUAUGGGUAACACUGGUCAAACCAAUAUGGGCUCUUACACCAGGGCAGUUUGCAGUUUUCUACAAGGGUGAUGAAUGCCUCGGCAGUGGAAAGAUUUUGAGAUUGGGUCCAUCAAUGUAUACUUUGCAACAGGGCAAAAACAGAGAAAAGACAGCAGGAAGUAUGCACACCAAUGAGGUCAAGGUAGAACCAGCCACAUGACAGAUUGCUUUCUUAACCAAGCAAAUACUUUGUUAAUUGAAAGACUUUGAAUAAAAAAUAAUAUUGGUUCAAAUAGCCAUACAGUCAUAACAGGAUUCAUGGAUGAACAUACUGACAUGCUAUUCUAAAUAUCUUCCCAGGGUAAAUUAAGGACAUGCUUUUAGUGUUGUUGGUUUGUUUUUUUUAAUAAAAUAUUUUGGACACAAUGAUUGAUUUACGUUGGUAAGAAACAGACACAACCUUCUUCCUUUGGGAAAGCAAUGUCAUGUUGUGUCCACUCAGAAAUAAGAGCCACUGAGAGCUGCAGUCCCACAAGUCUAUGUGGGAAUGUCUCCAUAAUUUAAUGAACAAGGAGUUCAACCCUUUCCUAUUUUAAAUGCAGGACUACAAAAUACAGACAUCCCUUAGUUAACAAAAGCUCCUGACAAAGAAGCUCCUUUUUACAACGUCUUUUUACUCCAGUCUAGUUCUCCUUUUUCUCCUCCUCCUCAUCUGAACAUUUUUUUUAGCAGGGUUGGCAUUGGGAGGAUAGUGAAGGAGGGCUGGAAAACAACUUUGGGUGUUGAGCUCCAGCAGCAGGUCUUCAAAAAACAAUGCAAUAAACAAAGCUUGAACUGGGAAAAAUUGUCCUCCAGCAGCCAAUCCCACUGUAACUGUGUGUCUCGAUCUACAAUAGGCAAAGUAAACAGCAGCUGCCUCAAGAAUCCCUUUUUUGAUCAUUUGUAAAACAGGAAGAAAGGUGGAAAGCAGACAAGCCUACCUCACCAGCUUUCCCUAAGCAUGUUAAAAAAUGAACACAUCUUUUUGGGAUUGCUAAAAAUGGAACUCAUAAGAAAUAUGGAGGCUGAUAAAAGGAAAAAAAUCAUCCUUGGAAGAAUCUUUUUUAGCAAAAAAUGAGAACAAGUUAAAUACACAUUACACCUCCCUCAAAAUGUUUUUAUUUACUUACACAGUUCUUACCUGACCUGAUUGUUUCAUUUCACAGUCUGUAUUGUUAGUUUUACAGAAACUUGGUGAUCUGCUCUUUUUUUGUGGUGUGGGAACAUAUCCCUAUUUUUUCAACAUUAUUUCAGCCUCUGCCACCAUGUUUUCUGUUAAAGAGGGACUUGUAUCUGCUUUGGUGAAAUAUACAUGUACAAAAAUCUAAAGAUACAAAUUGCAGAAAUAGAAUAAUGUAAAAUCUAAAAAUUAUUCUAAGGACUUGAUAUUGAACAUAGUUUUCUUUUCAUAUUUUCUUUGACUAGCCAAUUCUCUGUGCCACAUCACAAAUUACUAUUGAAAAGCUUUCCUUUUCAAAAGCAGCCAUUUGUAUUCAAAGAUGGCAUACUGCCUGAGGUCAAAGUCCCCAUGGUUUCAUAGAUUGUUGUCUUCUGGCCACAACAGUGUAUAUCCUGUUGGGUGUAUUAUGUGUAUAUGCAACACACAUCUUCAUUUCUCUCCACCCUGUCCCCUGUACCAACUACACUGAGUUUCUAUUUAUGGUAAAUACAGGGGUUUUUGAUCCCCAUUUGUGAUCUAAGGAGGAAGGGAGACUACAGUUCAAAGAUACUGAAAAGCAAGAGAGUGAAGUUCAAUUGUGUAUGUAUACUGUUGGGUUUUUUGGCUAGAUCUUUGUUCUUAAAAAAAAUUGGAAUCCUCAAACAGUGAUCCAUUUCUUUUGGUGAAUCUCCACUGUGCCUGAAAGAGCAGUUUUUCUGUAACCUUCUUAGCUCUAUUUAGAUGUUUGUAGCCUUCACACAGUUAGUAUCACGGGAGAAAGAGGGGAUGAACACACUAGCUCAUCCCCUUCCAUUUGCAGUAUUGUCCCUGCCACUUUCUGCAAGAUGGAGUCAUUGGUUAUGGCAGGAAGUCUGCUGUACUCAUGAAAGCUCCCUGUGUUAUAUAGGGCUGGAGUACAUGGGCAGGAAAAAGCAUCUCAAUCUUGGGUUUUCUGAAAGCAGGUCGAAACCCUGCUGUCCUCAUGUCUACAGGCUGUCUGCAGCAUGUGGCAUCAAGCCGCGCUGCAUGUUUUCCCCCAGCCUCCCCCCCCCAUUAAUACACUUCCAGUUACCUCCCUCUUCCUGCCCAGAUGUCAUUCCAUUGGACGUCCUCCUGUAUGAUUGACCAUACAGUCGCAUGUGCUAUGCACUGCCCGUACAGUGCAUCAGUGUUCCCAGUGAGACAUUGGCAAAGCACAGUCAUGGAGGCCUCGUAUGCCCCUUUCGUCCCAUGACCUGUUGUAGUGUCUGGUCUGUGUAUGUUGUAAUUACAUCCAUUGCAUUCUUUUUGCUUUGUCACAGUCCCAUACUAGCACUGGACUGUCUAUAUGCCAGCCUGAUGAUGCACAUUUUCUACCUUGAGUCAGAGUAUCACAACUUUUUUGCUCCCAUUUUUAGCCCUGGAGCGUGGCUUCAUUUCGCUUUCCAUCCGGUUUUCCUUCGUGCAUCAUCUAUAAAUAUCCAGGCUUCAGAUCGGUUUGAAGCUGCUUUAUUUGGCCAGUCCAGACGCCCCCUUAGCAAUCAAGAAGUAUGUAAUUCUUAAGUAUAUGGAGGGCAUAUAUGGCCCCUUGCUGCAGGCAUUCUCCUUCUACCUCAUGGAGGGAGAAGAGAUAGUCUUUUCAUCACUACUCUCCUUUACACAAAUAAUACAGGUUUUAGUGUUUAAAGUGCCAUAAGAGUCAUUGCUGCUCUUAAACUCUUGUAACACAUAUGCUUAUGAAGUUUGUAUAGAAGAGUCUCCUCAGAUCCUCCCCAAAGUCUGAAAUUGUAAACUUUCAUUACAUUUUUCAUCAUGUGUUUCUUCUGUAGUUAACAAAUAGUGCCUCUGUGGGGGAUAAUGGAUUUUAUAUUGUAGAACAGUAUUUAUUUUCCACCUCUCUGAAAUAAAUUAUUUUCAAGUUAAUAUAC